AAAGGACGUGGCCACCCAAACACUACAGAUCGAAUCCCAUGAGAUCUUUCAAGGCGUCAUAGAAUCACAGAUGGAAGGGUUCUCGGUUUAUCUAAAUCAUAAUAAGUCUCGGGUGCUCAUAUCACGCUGGGCUUUGGGACUCUCGGUUGCAUGAAAAAUUUGUCAAAACCUCGUAUAGACCCACAUUCGAGCGAGCCCUUCGCAUUGUGGCUCCUCAGCCGCCCCACCCCGAUUGCUUUCGUGAGAGACGGUUUGGCCCGCUACAAGACGGGCGUAGGGUUUUCUUAAUCAGUUUGCAAAGGUAAGUCCUACUAUCGUUGGAGGUAACCAUGGGUGAAUUCUCAUCUGAUGACACCUGCGAGACAGGUGGAAAAUGGAUGGAUUUUGCGACGCCACCGAGGUGGGCGGUGGGCGAGCAGCCUGAUUACCAAGGCCGCACGGCCGUCGUCAUCCUUCACAACGGAACAAAUGCACACCUUUCUUCCGAGACAGAGGCCUCUUUCAUCAAGCCAUUGACCUUCAACCUGAACGUGAAUUCAACCAAGGGUAAUCGAAAGCGGACACACGACAUCAAUGGCUAUCCUCUGACUAUCAUCGACACCCCCGAGCGGGUCUCCCAGCUGAUGGACGAUCUCCUCGUGAACCCCACCGAGGACUUAUACGUCGAUCUCGAAGGCGAGAACCUCUGCCGCCACGGCACGAUCACAAUAGUGGCGAUCCACCUCGUAGAGCCGCGUCGGACCUACCUCGUGGACGUGCACACCCUAGGCGACACAGCCUUCUACACCCCGGCCGCCGUCGACAAUACCACCACCCUCAAGACAAUCCUCGAAUCACACACCCGGACCAAAGUGUUCUUCGACGUGCGCAACGAUUCCGACGCCCUCCGAGUCCUGUACGACAUCCUCCUCCAAGGCGUCAUGGACGUCCAGAUCAUGGAGCUCGGGUUCCGCCAGUGCACCGGCGGCGGCUGGCUCCGGGGGCUUCGGUACUGCGUCCGGAACAGCACGCAGGUCGGCCUUUCGGCGGAGGAGAAGAAUGAGUGGCUGGAGAACAAAUGGCAGAUGGCGAGAAAGUUCCGGUCCAUGGACGGCGAGGGCGGCGAGCACCACGAUCCAGGCUUGACCCAGCGGCCGUUGACCCCGGAGGCCGUGGAGUACAGCGCCGGCGACGUGGUGCUCUUACCGCAGGUGCGGCGCGAGUAUAUGGACACGCUGGACGAUUUCUGGAUGUGGUUCGUGGAGCGGGAGACGGCGGCGCGGGUGGAGGAAUCUCAGGAUGAUGGGUAUGUGCCGCAUGGACGGCGCAAGGCCUUGGUGCCGUGGACGGUGCCCGACUUUGAGGAGCGGAUCAAGGAGUAUAACCGGAUGAUUGAGGACGAAUACUACCCUACUGAUGAUGAUGAAUCAGAGGCCUCUGAUGCUGAGGACUGCUUCCUUUGGUUCCAUGGGGUGUCCUUCUGGCUCUAUGAAGUGUCUCUUGGGUGA